UGAAACCAAAGAAGAAGAAUACACCGGAAGCAAACGUCGGUUUUGGUGACGCUGCAUUAGACUGCAAGACAUGGACCGGUCUGGGCUGCUUGGUUUGUUCGUCCUUAGCCUGGCUCUCUCUGGAGCUCAGGCGCUCACACCGGCUCACUACCUCUCCCUAUCCGAUGUGGCCCGGCUGCAGGGCGUCCUCAGCCAGCACUUCACCGACCUGGAGUCUGCAUACUACUCGGUUGUUGGUCUGGCCAAGCUCGGAGCGACUAUUCCCGAUCACAAGGAAGUAUGCCAGUUUCUCAAAUCCCAGCUUGACCCCACUAGUGUUGACUCACUCUUCUUUGCUGCUGAGACCAGUCAAGCCAUAUCAGGAUGUGAGAUCCCUGUGUCCAACGAAACUCGCGACAUCCUUCUGGCAGCAGUUAGCGAGGACUCCACCAUGAGUCAGAUUCAGCGGGCUGUGAGUGCUCUGGGCUCUCUGGGGCUCCCUCUGGCAUCUCAGGAGGUGGUUGGUGCCCUGACAGGUCGGAUCAACAAGGAGGACAAUGUUAUGGCUAUCACUUCAGCUCUGCAAACUGCAGCACGCCUCUCCAAGCAGGCAGAACUUGGAGGAAUUAUUGAGGAAAUUGAGGAUCUGACAGCUCGUUUGGAUGACCUCGGUGGCAUCUACCUCCAGUUUGAAGAGGGGCUCGAGGCCACCGCCAUGUUUGUGACUGCUGCUUAUUCCCUGUCAGAUCAUGUGGAUAUGGAGCCCCCCCUCAAGGAGGACCAAGUCAUCCAGCUGGUGAACUCAAUCUUCAGCAAGAAAUCCUGGGACUCUCUGGCUGAAGCCUUCAGCGUGGCGAGUGCCGCUGCCGCCCUCUCCAGCAACCGUUUCCACGUGCCGGUUAUCGUCAGUGCUCAGGGCCCGGCCACAGUGUCCCACAGCCAGCCAACCCUGCAGCUCCUUGUUACUGAUGUCAUGUCUCAACCUCUGGCUACAGCCAAUGUGCUGGUGGAGUCUGCGUACGCUGUGGCCUCCAAGAGCAUCAUACUCAGCCAAGCACCUUUCACACUUAAUGAUGGCGUCUUUGAGCUCAACUUUAUGUCCAGCCAGCCAGCCAGUGGAUAUUACCAGUUCACUGUUGCAGUAACUGGGGACACCCGACUGGUUGCCAAUCAUGUGGAGCUUAAAGUGAAGGUGUCCACUGAGGUAGCCGUUACUAACAUGGACCUGUCUGUGGUGGAUAAGGACCAGAGCAUCGGCACAAAGACCACCAGGGUGGACUAUCCCUCCAAAGCCAAGACUCCCUUCACAGCAGACAGCCACCAGAACUUUGCCAUGUCCUUCCAGCUGGUCGACGUCAACACCGGAGUUGAGCUGACCCCUCACCAGACUUUUGUCCGGCUGCACAAUCAGAAAACCGGUCAGGAGGUUGUGUUCGUGGCCGAACCCGACAGCAAGAACCUCUACAAGUUUGAGCUGGACACAGCACACAGGAAAUCCGAGUUCGACUCCAUGUCAGGCACCUACUCUCUGCACCUCAUCGUCGGGGACGCUACCUUGGAGAAUCCCAUCUUGUGGAACGUGGCUGAUGUUCUGCUGAAGUUUGUCGAUGAGGAAGCCCCAGCUGCCAUUCAGCCCAAGACUCUUUACAUCCCCAAACCAGACAUCCAGCACUUAUUCAGGGAACCAGAGAAGAAACCUCCCACAGUGGUUUCCAACACCUUCACUGCACUCAUCCUGUCUCCCUUCUUGCUUCUGCUCAUCCUGUGGAUUAAGCUGGGAGCCAACAUCUCCAACUUCAGCUUCUCUCCCAGCACCGUUCUGUUCCAUAUUGGACAUGCAGCCUUGUUGGGCCUGAUGUACGUCUACUGGACCCACCUGAACAUGUUCCAGACCCUGAAGUACCUGGCGAUUAUCGGCGGCGUCACUUUCCUCGCCGGGAACCGCAUGCUGGCCCAGAAAGCAGUGAAGAGAAUUGAGAAAAAAUAAGGGCAAGAAAAAAUUUGAAGAAGACACUGACGAAGCUCAUUUUUUGUUUCCAAGGAGUCAUUCGACGUUUCAUCAAAUUGGACUUUUAAAAACAAUGGCAUGGCAGUUCAAGAAUCUAAUCAACAGUUGUUUUUGUUUUUUUACAUGCAUUUUGUCUGUAUUGCCAAAAAAAAGAGGAAGAAUUAAGGAUAUCAUGGCGUGUUCCAAACGACAGAUGGUUCUACUGAAGGCUGUAAAGCUACUGAUCAUUGCACUUCAUCUUCCUGUGAGAUUUGUUUUCUUAUUGUCCAACAUGCCAGUGUGUUUCUAAGAGAACUACGGUUUUUAUUUGUGCUUUUCUCGAUGGAAUAUGGGUUGAUUUGUGUGUUGGGUUUUUUUUGUACAUUCCUCUUUGUCGUCGCUCAAUGCCCUUCACCUCCAAACACAAAUUGUCGCUCUGAAGAUUAAAAAAUAAGACAUUGGCGGUAGCACUGAAACAUUCAUCUCCACUCACUACGCCAGUGUGUUUUCCUGUGAAUCUGAUGUGAAGGAUGAACAAGGGUGUCCCAUUUGAUACAGAGUUUGCGCCCCCCCCCCACCUCCAAAAGUUUAUUAAUAAUAAAAUAUGGGCAAUUUGAGGAUAUGCUGUUUUUUGUAAUGAAGAAGAGGAAAUAAAGAAAUUGAGGUGAA